CCACCGUUUGCUGUUUUUUAAGAUCACGGGUGCUCUUCUUUUUCCACUUUAACAGCUUCCUGCCUUCCUUUUCAAGCAGUGAUUGAUCAAAGAUUGAAAUUACAAUCCCCUCCGACUAGUUCUUUCCGGCUUAUGACGUCAGAGACCGGUGCAAUGGCAAGCCACCGUUAAUUCUCGUAGGAGGAUGAUGAAGAUCCGGCGACUCAAGAACACAUGUCAAACGAAGGCGCAAAUUACAACCGCCGAAGGCGGGAGUGAGAGCUUGAAUAAGGAGGAGAGAAAAAACAAAGUCGUUUUGACUCCACGCUUCACAAGAAUCGCGUACGGGUCGGUGUCAGUGAUCGGUAGGAGGAGGGAGAUGGAGGAUACGGUGAGAGUGGAGCUAGGGUUCGCGAGCAAAGGAGAUGAGAAGUACGACUAUUUCGGAGUGUACGAUGGGCACGGCGGAGCAAGGGUAGCGGAGGCGUGCCGGGACAGGAUGCACGAGGUGCUGUUGGAGGAAAUAAUGGCGGGAAAGGAAGGUGAAGUUGAUUGGGAGAGGGUGUUGGAGGACAGCUUUGUGAGAAUGGAUGAGGAGGUGGUGAGUGAUGAAAUGAUCGGGUCCACGGCUGUGGUGGCGGUGGUGGGGAAGGAGGAGGUUGUAGUGGCGAAUUGUGGCGACUCUAGAGCUGUGAUUUCAAGGGGUGGUGCUGCUGUGGCUUUGUCUUAUGAUCAUAAGCCUGACAGACCCGACGAGUUGGACAGAAUUGAAGCUAAUGGUGGAAGGGUCAUAAACUGGAACGGAUACCGUGUAUUAGGUGUUCUUGCCACUUCCAGAUCCAUAGGUGAUCAAUACUUGAAACCAUAUGUGAUAUCUAAACCAGAAGUCACAGUGAGCAAGCGAACUAGAGAAGAUGAAUUUCUCAUACUAGCAAGUGAUGGCCUGUGGGAUAUCAUCUCAAACAAAGUAGCGUGCCAGGUCGUGAGAAGAUGCCUCAGCGGUCAGAUGAGGAGGAAAUCUGGGGAUGUUACGAAGGAAGGUCGCGCAGCCGAGGCAGCUGCGGUGUUGAUAGAGCUAGCAAUGGCUAGAGGUGGCAGAGAUAACAUCAGUGUCAUAGUAGUUGAGCUAAAAGAGCCGAGAGAUUUUCCCUCUUACUAUACGUAGUAAUUGGUGAGUAAUCAUAAUUUGUAGUCAGAUGCUAGAAUCUGAUUGUCAAUUUUUUUUCUUUUAAGAUCAGGAAGCUCAUGAAGGUUUCAGAUAUUAUCCAGAUGCUCAUUUUGAUUGUUGAUAAGGGAGAACUUUUAAGGUUAAAUUAUCAUCAAAGCUUUUAAUCUUUCAAUGAUGAUAGAGAUCCUAAGAGUUCGUAUCCUAGUUAUCUAUGCUUUUAAGUUGUAUGCAUGAUUUUAUGUUAAUCGGACAUGUGGAGAGUCCACGAAUUCAGUUAGAUGCUGUGCAUAACUCGGGAUAUUUGGAAUACUAAACUGUUGGAUUUUUGUCA